AUGGGAAACUCAACCGAAGAUGGAAACGCUAUCUCUUCCGAGGCAUUUAAUCGGGCGACAGUGACUAUUAUAUUUUUCUCCCUUAAUAUUCUUCUUUCCAUUACGGCAUCUCUGGGGAACACUCUGAUCCUGAUUGCUCUUCGCAAGGUAACUUCGCUUCAUUCACCAACGAAACUGUUGUUUCAAUGCCUGGCGAUCACUGAUCUUGGCGUUGGUCUCAUUUCGCAGCCACUCUAUGCCAUCUACAACAUGUUUCUGAUAAACUCCAACCUUAAGCUUUCGAAUAUCAUCUCUAUUCUCUACUAUAUAAUCUGGGCUUUAUCAAUUUGUCUCUGUGCGGUUUCCUUGCUUACAACGACUGCUUUAAGUGUGGACAGACUUCUCGCCCUUUCGUUGAAGCUAAGGUACAGGCACGUUGUAACACUGAAGCGAGUUCGUGCAGUUGUUUUCUGCUUCUGGUUAAUUCCUGUUUUGGGCAUUUUCAUGUUCUUGUUCUGGGAUACAAACAUCGCCUUGGCAACACUUUCAGUCUCGGCAAUGCUUUGUAUCGUUACCUCACUUCUUUCUUACACCACCAUAUUUAUCAAGCUGCGUCUACAUCAAGCUACUGUGCACCCUACUGUGCAAUGCAAUGUUCAUCAUGGGCAACCAAUCGGAGGGGGAAUUCCGGCGUUGAACAUAGCACAGUUUCAAAAAACCGUUACCAGCAUAGCUUUGGUGCAGUGGGCGUUAGUUAUAUGCUAUAUCCCAUUUGUUAUUUUAAAUGCGAUAUUACUGUUGAAUAGCGUUCUUGCUAACAGUGAGGUUUUCGGUUUGGCCUCGAAUCUUGUAUUUUCAACUCUCAUCUUCUUAAACUCAUCUCUUAACCCGUUCCUGUACUGUUGGAGGAUCAAAGAAGUGGGACAAGCCGUGAAGGCCACAAUCAAACAGUUGUAUUGUAAUUGUUUACGCUGA